CUGAGGAAUGACGGACAAGAAGUGAGAGAAAGACAAGGUGGCUAUCUCGGCUCUUCAGCUGACAAACUUGGCAUAUUUCCUGGACAUCAUAUAACCAGACCAUAGACUCAUUUCAUAUUCAAAGCAGAGCCACCUCUGACAGACACCAUAAAGUUCACUGGAUUUCAACUUCAGCUCACCUGACCGUGACCUGACCAUCUUUGUAUUUCAAAGAAUCUGUCUCUCCGACAUAAUGCUUUCCAGAAACUCUAACACUUCAGUGAGGGCGGUGCAUCAACAGAUUGCGGUUUAAUCAUCCAGAGGAACCAUAUUGGAAGUGAACGCUCUGGCUAAUGCUUUCCUCUGGAUCAGAUCCAGCUUUGGAUGCAUGUCUAUUUUCAAACAGGAAAUAGGCACCUUGUUGAACUUUUCUCUGCCACCACCUUCUCCGCACAACACUCCCUGAUGAUCACAAGGGAAUACGUCACACUGUUUCUGGUGGGCUCCUGUUUCCUGUUGGACUACAGCUCCCAGAACCCUCUGCAGGCAUUUCUCCAAGGCAGAACUAAGGGGGGCGUGACAUCGCCCACUGGAGGGACAGGAAAUAAGGGUGCGAUGGCUUCAGUGGGGGUCGGGACAUCUUUGCGGGACAGUGUGAGGCUGAGGAGACACGGCAAGUCAGGGGUUCAGCGAGUAAAGCGAGGAUGGGUGUGGAACCAGUUCUUUGUGCUGGAGGAGUACAUGGGAUCUGAACCACAGUAUGUCGGAAAGCUCCACACUGACAUGGACCAGGGGGACAGUUUGGUGAAGUACACUCUGUCAGGAGAAGGAGCUGGUUCCAUCUUCACCAUUGAUCAGAUUACAGGGGAUAUACAUGCACUGGUGGGGCUCGACAGAGAGGAAAAGUCGUAUUACACGCUUCGGGCCCAGGCUGUUGACAUGGAAACGGGUCAUCCGCUGGAGCCAGAGUCCGAGUUCAUCAUCAAGGUGCAGGACAUCAACGACAAUGAGCCUCGAUUCCUGGAUGGACCGUACACAGCCAGCGUCCCCGAGAUGUCUCCAACAGGCACAUAUGUGACGCAAGUGACGGCCACGGAUGCAGACGACCCUACAUAUGGCAACAGCGCUCGUAUUGUCUACAGCAUUCUGCACGGCCAGCCCUAUUUCUCGGUUGACUCCAAGACAGGAGUGAUCAGGACAGCGCUGGCCAACAUGGACCGGGAGGUGAAGGAGGACUACCAGGUUCUCCUCCAGGCCAAGGACAUGGGAGGUCAGCUUGGGGGGCUGGCCUCCACCACCACCAUCAACAUCACCCUAAGCGAUGUCAACGACAACCCACCACGCUUUGCCAAGAGCAUUUUUCAUCUUCGGAUACCAGAGUCUGCGUCUGUGGGUUCAGCGGUGGGUCGUAUUCGUGCCCACGAUCUGGAUGCUGGCAAAAAUGCUGAGGUGGAUUAUUCCAUCGUUCCCGGAGACGAGGGCAAUAUGUUUGACAUCAUUUCUAAUGGCCAAAGUCAGGAGGGAAUCAUAGUCUUGAAAAAGACUCUGGACUAUGAGACCAAGAAGUCGUACACGUUCAAAGUGGAGGCAUCCAAUGCUCAGCUGGAUCCCCGCUUCCUCCACCUGGGGCCCUUCAAGGACUCAGCCACCAUCAAAGUGAACGUCCUGGACGUAGAUGAGCCCCCUGUUUUCACCAAGCCCUUCUACUCUGUGGAUGUAUAUGAGGACACUCCUCCAGGAACCAUCAUUGGCUCAGUAACGGCUCACGACCUCGACGCCAGCAGCAGCGCUGUCAGGUAUUCACUGGAGUGGCAGAGAGAAGCUGAUAGCUGCUUUGACAUUGACACAGUUGAAGGAACCCUGUCAACUAAUGAAUACCUGGACAGAGAGGCAGCUACUCAGCACAAUAUCACUGUGGUGGCAACCAAAGUCAACAACCCUCUGCUGUCCACCAAGGUGUCGGUGAUAGUCAAAGUGUUGGACGUCAAUGAGUUCCCCCCUGAGCUGGCUGUUCCAUCAGACACCUUCGUCUGCGAAAACGCCAAAGCAGGACAGGUGAUCCAGACAGUUAGUGCCACAGACAAAGACCUUCCUCCUGUUGGCCAGAGGUUCUUCUUCAAAUCCCCCAAGGAGCUCCGCAACAGAAACUUCACUAUACGAGAUUUUGGAAACAACACAGCCGGCAUCGUGACGCGACGCCUGGGCUUCCAGCGGCGUGUGCAGGACACUUACGUGCUUCCUGUUGUGGUUGAGGACAGCGGUUAUCCAGCCCAGAGCAGCACAGCAACACUCACGAUUCGAGUUUGUUCCUGCGAGCCGGGAGGCUUCCUGCUCUCCUGCUCGGCCGAGGCCGUCUUCUUGCCUGUGGGUCUCAGCACUGGAGCUAUGAUGGCUAUUCUGCUGUGUGUCGUCAUACUUAUGGUGAUGGCUGCCCUGUACAUGGGCCAGAGGAGGCACAAGGAGAAGGAGACCUUGAUGUCAUCGAAGGAGGACAUCCGAGAUAACGUCAUUCACUACGAUGAUGAAGGCGGCGGAGAGGAAGACACUCAUGCCUUCGACAUGGGCACGCUGCGCAACACACACACACACCGCACCAGCUCGCACAUCGCCAGCAGCAGCAGUCACAGCAGCACGGCUAAGAAGGAGAAAAACGGCUACGGCAACGGGGUCCUGCUGCACCUCGGCAGCCGCCACGACGACGUGAGAUCACCUGACAUCCACCGACAAACAGCCGGCAUUGUCCCCGCCGUAGAGAACAGGCCCAUCUCCUGCGGCGAAGUGACCGAACACGACGCGGAUAUGAUCAGAGAGUUCAUCCAGCAGCGGCUGGAGGAGAGCCAGCUGGGUUAUGGCGCGCCGCCGUACGAUUCGCUGGCGACCUACGCCUACGAGGGCGAGGGUUCGAUUGCUGGCUCGCUCAGCUCCAUAGAGGAAUCAUGGGCCAUAGAGGGAUCAGAGGAUUUCAGUUCCCUCAGUGACUGGGGACAGCCAUUCAAAACACUAGCUAGCAUUCUUGACAGACAGCCGCCUACUCAGACUGAGCCAGAGGAGAGCUGAGGGAGCUUUGAGUGCGAGUGUGUGUUUGGGCGUGUGUGUGUGUGUGUGUGUGUGUUGAAGAUGAACAGGGAGGCACUUUGGGUUGGUGCUGCUGAUUACAGAGACACAUGCAGCAGCCCAGCAGAGUGGCUCAGAAGACUGUUCUUGAAAGGAUCAGUGGCAGCGUGUGGACAGUAGUUUACUUUCUUUCUUUGUUCAUUUUUAUUUAUUUUCUUUCUAUUUAUUUCUUCUUUAUUUGACAGCAACCAGGUGGUUUUGUGAGCAGCAAUGGUUAGAGUAAGGUGAGGCCCUGUUAGAAAGAGGUUGUCUCAGUAGGUAGGCCUACAGUGGUGGACUGAUUAGAAAGCAGGGAAUCUAGCUGCAGUGUCUGAUGAAGGGUAAACUUGA